CAAGAAAAGUCACCAUUGUUCUCCAUCUUACCACCAGAAGUACGUAUCAGGAUAUUUACGUACGUGCUGUCUGAUUACGAAGACACGCUUUCAUGUUCCUUGUACGACCCCAACGCUUCCUUCUGGCGACCCUCUCAUCGUGCACCUCGCAAGACGAGCACCGAGCUGCUUAGGACAUGCCGCGCUAUCUAUCGCGAGGCGUGGUUCCUCCCGUUUACCCUUAAGGAGCAGACACACUGGAUAUGCUCCGACUCGCAUGCACCGCCUGGAAAUGGCUACUACGAUAAUGCAAAGAAAUUAGUGCAUCUGCUUGAUAAAAUGGCGCAGCAGGGCCAAGAAAAAGUUGAGAUUGAGAGCUUCCAUGCUUUUGCAUGCACGAAGCGCCUGGAGGACGGUGACCUGCAUGCGCUACUAAGCCUACGUGGACUACAUCCUCGACGGAUAACCUUAACAAUUCGCUAUAUCGACUGGUGGGGAUGGGAUUGGGAUAGUUACGAUAAGCCGCUGUAUUUCAAAGCCAAUUGGAUCAACACAGUUUCCAGAGACAUGUCACCUUCAACAAGUGAAUUCAGAAUCGAACUCGAGUCGUUGGAAUUCUUGAAAGAUCGGGUUGACGCUAUCGGAAAGCACAUUGCCGAAAACUGGUUCUUCGGGAGAUUUGGUGGCACUAUUCUAUAUGCCGAUGUGUCGGGCAAGUGCCAUAAAAUAACCCGAUGGACUGGUUCGAAUGCUUACUACAAAAAACACUGGACAAGUUGUAAAAAAAGCAAGCCCGGCAAACUCGACUAUUACAUCUUGACCAUCACGUUU